CAAACCGUCCCAAACAGUCAAUACAGACCUAAACUAGCCCAAAAUGUUCAAGUUGGUGGUAUUGUCUGCUCUGCUCGCCGUAGCCGUUGCCCGUCCCGGUCACCUGUUGGAGUCCUCCCCGCUGGUCUAUGCCGCCCCAGCAGCGACGACCGUCGUCCAGGAGCCCGUGCUGGCCAAGGUGGGUGCAGUGGUGAACAGCGUUCCCACUUCCGUCUCCCACCAGAGCCAGUCGGUGGUGCACAGCCAUUCGCAUGUGGUGGAGGACAUCGUGGCCCCGGUGGUGAAGUCCACUCCGGUGGUCAGCUAUGCCGCUGCUGCUCCAGUUGUCCACACUAGCUAUGCCGCCGCUGCUCCCGUUGUCCACACCUCCUAUGCCGCUGCUCCAGUUGUCCAUGCCACCUAUGCCGCCGCUGCUCCCGUUCUGGCCACAUCCUACGCCCAAGUGGCCGCCUCCUCGCCGCUGACCUACACCGCCACUGGUGUGUGCAAAAUGUUCAAAUUGUUCGUUCUCGCUGCUCUUUUGGCCGUGGCUGCCGCCAAGCCUGGACACCUGGCUGCUGCUCCUCUGGUCUACAGUGCUCCUGCCACCACCGCCGUCAUCCAGGAACCCGUGCUGGCCAAGGUUGGAGCCGUGGUGAAGAGCGUGCCCACGGCCGUCUCCCACCAGAGUCUGACCCAGGUGCACAGCACCCCGGUGGUCGAGGAUGUGGUCGCCCCAGUGGUCAGGACCACCGCUGUCACCACUCCGCUACCUGUGGUGGCUGCCGCCCCCAUUGUGAAGACUGUGGCCCCCGUCGCCUACACCGCCCCUCUGGCCUACUCCGCACCGGUGGCCUACUCCUCGUACUCCGCCCCUCUCAGCUACUCCGCCCCCCUGAGCUAUUCCGCCCCCGUGGCCUACUCCGCGCCCCUGACCUACGCCGCCCCCGCCCCCCUGCUGCACCACGCCCCUCUCGCCUAUGCCGCCAACUCCUGGUAAGGCGUUGAGAACAAAAGAUUUUGAACUGUGCCUUGUUUACUAGUUAGCAAAAACCGAAAACGAACAAUAAAUUAAAUGUGAAUAUCAAACAAA